AUGACCUCAAAAGAAUCUGUCUCACCUUUGACUUCUUUCCAAUUGCCAAGUCCAAGAAAUCCUGAUAUCAUAGGCCUGACCUGCUCUGUUGCUAGAAUUAUAUAUCUGGAUAUCGAAGACUUCAGCCAGCGAUUGUGUGAUAACAAUUGAAUCGCAAACCCUCAAAAGAUUCCUGAAAGCGAAUACUUUUCAUAUCAAUACGGCUCUCAAAACCGCAAUACUUUUUUAAAAGCUGCAAGGGCUGUGAGUAUCCAAGAAAUCUCAGAAUUUCUUAUAUCCUUGAAUAAAGAAUUUAAAUUUAGUGCAGAAUGUAUAAUAUUGACAAUAGUGUACAUUAGAAAAUUCUUGCAAAACUCAAAAAUCCCUCUUAUGAGCAGCAACUGAAAAAAUAUAGUGUCUAUCUCUACACUAAUAGCACAAGAGUUUCAGAUAAUGCCUUUGUGUCUGCCUCAGAUUAUAAGAAUAUUCCAGAUUUCUGCUUAA